UUCCUCAUAGCAUUUCCACAUUAUUAAUUCCCUUUCAAUAUCUUUGUCCUUAAAAAAAGUAUGAAUCAACAAAGCAAACCCAUCUUGGUUUCUGGUUUUCUGCUCUUUGCUCUAUUCAUCAUCUUCUCCAGCUCAGGGCCAGUUUCAGCUCAAGAAGUUGAGAAUGAGAGAGAGUUUGAUUACCUGGAGACCAGUGGGAAGGGACCAGCACAUUGGGGAGAUCUGAAGGAAGAAUGGGCAGCUUGCAAAGUUGGAGAUAUGCAGUCACCUAUAGAUCUGUCCAACAAGCGAGUGAAGAUGAUCAGAAAAUCAGGGGAGUUGAAGAGGAAUUACAAGCCCUGUCAAGCUACUCUCAAGAACAGAGGCCACGAUAUUUCGCUACAAUGGGUGAAUAAUGAAGCUGGAUCAAUCAAGAUCAAUGGCACUGAAUACUUUCUCCAACAAGGACACUGGCACUCCCCUUCCGAGCACACCCUCAAUGGCAGAAGGUAUGCAUUGGAGCUACACUUUGUACAUUUGAGUCCAGACCCUAAUGUCAAGAACAAGAUAGCAGUUAUAGGAGCCCUAUACAAGUUUGGGGAGCCGGAUGCUUUUCUUUCCAAGUUGAUUAGCAAUGUCAGUUCCAUGGCUGAUCAUGUGCAAGAAAGACGAAUGGGGAUGAUUGAUCCCAGCGAGAUCAAGUUGGGUGGCAGGAAGUAUUACAGAUACAUGGGAUCCCUCACUGUCCCUCCGUGUACUGAAGGUGUUGUUUGGACAAUCAAUAAGAAGAUAAGGACCGUUUCAAGGGAACAAGUUAAGGCACUCAAACUAGCUGUCCACGACUAUGCAGAGAUGAAUGCAAGGCCAGAGCAGCCCGUCAAUGGUCGACAGAUUCAACUUUAUGGUCCAAAUCCAGGAGACAUAUCAAACUAAAGAAAAGACCUGUAGAAUGUAUUAGGAGUAAGUGUAAUCGAAUUUUCUCCCCUGGAGGGAGAACGGUCGAGGUGUUUUUUACCCUGUUGACAAAAGAUCAGUUUUCAAUCCAUUUUCCUUCUUAUCAAACCUUAAUUAUGAUUAUAUUUUUGCAUGCCUAACUUCCAUUUA